GGUGCGUAGAUUAUGGCAUUCUAGCACCAAUGUGUAUUAAGUGCACUAUUUUUGAACGCACUUUCUUUUUGUUGCCUUGCUUGUAAGUUAAUGGAGUGUUUUUGUUCUGCUGGUGUAACGUUUGUUGAGAUUCUUCUGUGUUCCCCUGUUUAGGGGAGUUAGUUUGGGAUUGGAAGUCUACGCUGGUGACUAAAGACAGCAGUGUGUUGUGUUGUGGUUUCGAACAUUAAUGUGUACGUUGUGGGACAGCAAGGUGUAGAAUUAUUAUUUAAUUAGUUAAGUCACAGUAUUAAAAUGUUCCAAAUUCAAUGUCAUUACUCCAUUAGUUUGUCAUCAUACUUAUAUUUAUAUCAUUAAAUAUUUACAUUGUUACCAGUGAGUCAUUUAUUUAUUGUAUGCACGAAGGUGCCUGGUUGAAUGUCAGGGGCCCGGGCAAACGAGCUAAGGCCUUAACAUAACCCUGACAGUUGGGGGCUCGAGUCCGGCUGUGACUACCAGUCACAGAACUAUAAUUUCAAUCAUUACAUAAGUUUUAGUUACUUGAUUAUGUAGCAGCAGUGUCUACAAUCUAAUAAUUGUUUACAUAGUAUUGCAUCACAAUCUACUGUACUAAUAUUGAAUUGUGUACCAUUGGCAACGAUGUAUAUUGAAAGUAGCAGAUAAAUACAUCCUUUGUGAUAUAAGUGAUAUAACUAUAUAACUAUACUGUACUAUAUACUAUAUAACUAUUGUAUUGCAAGAUUGAAACGUAUUUGUAUUUUCUUGUUUUCUAUAUUGUGCUUCACCUUCGAACGAGUGUCUUCUCGCUCCCGACAGCAAGCGAACGUGAGUGUAAAGUGGCUGUAAAGUGGUACCUGUACUGAAGUCUGAGGCUACUAGUAUUGUGUUGGAUUGUCCUGUGGCAACUAUAUUUCGACGCUGUGGCCUGAGUGAGGCACUUUCCUCCGACGUGGGAUACUGCACAGAUAGGUUUCUUUCUUUGCCAUUUAACCGCAGGCUCUAGGCUUUAGUUGAUCUCUUGUACAAUUAGUAGAAUUUUUUGGUUCCCAUAUUGUAUAUAAUUUAAAUAUAAUACAGCCAAGUAGUGUACAUUGUAUUUACCAUGGAAACUAGGUUGACAAUUACUGCCCAGUUUAUAAGUGAUGGUCGUUCUCUGGGGUACGAAGGUGAAAGGUUAGAGAGGUAUGUGGCUGAGCAGAAAGAAGACUAUGAAAAAGCUAAGAAAGAGGAGUUUGAACGAGAAAAGGCUAGAUUUGAGAGAGAGGAAAGAUUGAAAGCAGAGGCGAAGGCAGAGGAGAAGGCCAGAUUUGAACGUGAGGAGAAGGCCAAGCGUGAGGAACACGAAAGGUGGAAAGAAAGAGAUGCCAGGGAGGAACUCAAGAGGAAAGAGGAGAUGGAACUAGAAAAAAUGAAGGAAAAGUCAGCAACAGCGGCUGGGACGGCAACACAGGCAGAGGUGCGGCCUAGAAAUGUUUUAGAUAAACUUGACAAGAGCUUCCAGGGAAUGAAGGAAGACGAUGACCUGAUGGCAUAUUUAACACACUUUGAGGCCGUCGCAACAAGAUGCAAGAUUGAUAGAAAGGAAUGGUCAUUGCUCCUGUCCUAUAAACUAACUACCUUUCUAAGAAACUGUAUGCUGCGUGACAGUCUGUUUUUGAAUGAAAAUUAUGAGGAAGUGAGGACCGUAUUACUCCGACAUGCGGAUAUCAACGCGGAAACCUGCCGCAAGAGGUUCCACCGGGUAAAACCACGCCAGAACAAUUUUAGAGGUUUUGUCACAGAGCUGCGAAAUGCGUUGGACAAUUGGUUGAAAAUGGCUGAUGUAGGCAAGACUGUGGAAGAAGUGAAAGAGUUGCUGGUGAAAGAUAGGAUACUUGAGAAUGUGUCUGGCGAUGUGUACAAGCAACUGAUAAUAAGUAAGAAAGGCACGGUUGAUGAUAUGAUUGAUGUUAUUGAAGGUUUUAAGGUUGCUAGUGCGGGUGUGUCGCUUGCUAAGGAAGACAAAGUGUAUGUUGCGGCAGCGUGUAGUGAGCCUGUGAUGAAUCGGAGUCCUGGGGGCAAAAGGAUGGAGAUCGCUUGCUUCAGUUGUGGUGAAAGGGUUCCAAAGACUUACCCGAUUAAUUCAACUGAUAGGGAAGACGAUUGUAAUACUGUGGUCAGAGCACAUGAGCAGAGGCCAAGUGAUAGAUGACUAGAGGUCCGUCGCGAGUCCAAGAGUCGUCGUGACUAUAAGCUGAUUCCGGAUCGUUACACAGUGACAGUUAGAAAUUUACCAUAUAAUGUUAACUGGCAGAAGUUAAAGGAUAGGUUUAGAGAUGUUGGUUUGGUGGGAUUUGUGGAGGUUUUGAUGGCGAAUGGGAAGUCAAUGGGUAUAGGUCAUGUUAGGUUCAGGAAUCUGGCAGACGUUGCGAGAGCAGUUAAAUAUUUGGACAAGUCAAAAUUUGGAGGUAGGAAUAUUGUGGUUGUUCCUCAUCGUAUAAGCACGCGGGGAUAACGUGAUGAUAACUAGGGUACUCUGGCAAAUCCAUAUUGGGUUGUUUAAAUAUCGAGACCUAUGGAUGAAUGGUGUUAGUAUAUUUAGAUGUUGAUAUAGUCAAUAUUCUAGACGAAGCUAUUUUUUUCCAUUCCACUUAUAUCUUUAUAUAUACUUAAAGUAAGUUGAGUAUACACUUUGUUAUUUAAAGUAUCGGAACCAUAUCUGUUAGUUAUGGGAGUAAAAGUUUCUUGGUAGAUACGUGGAUUUAGUUUUUCCUUUAAAGGCAUUCUUACGUCGGUUAAAAUCCAUGAGAGUAGACUGGAGCUGUGAGUGUGCGAAGGCAUUGAAGAGAGUGCAGGCCUGUCUGUGUAAGUAUCCUAUUCUUCGAUUGCCUGAUUCUUCUCUACUGUUUUAUCUCCAGACUGAUGCCUCAGACAAAGGGAUCUCUGGCAUUCUAAGUCAGUGUGUGAAUGGUAUGUUGCAUCCUAUAAAAUUAUGUGAGCCGUAAAGUGUUGCCUCGGGAGCAGAAGUAUUUUACCAUUAAACCUGAAGAAGUGGCCAUUGUAUAUGCAAUAGAAAAUGGGACAAUUAUUGGCCGGGAACAAAAUUUAAUCUCCAGACUGACCACAAGGCUUUAUGUUACUUUAGGAGCACUAACUGUACCAAUGCACGCAUUACAAGAUGGGCACUAGUGU